AUGGAGCGCUACUCUAAAGUCGAGAAGGGCCAGUCCCACGGCGAGGGCGCCUACGGCGUCGUCUACAAGGGCAAGGACCGCAUCACGGGCGACUUCGUGGCGAUGAAGAAGAUCCGGCUCGAGCUCGAGGACGAGGGCAUGCCGUCGACGGCGCUCCGGGAGAUCUCGCUCCUCAAGGAGCUGCAGCACCCGAACAUCGUGUCGCUCAAGGACGUGCUGCAGAACGACGGCCGGCUCUACCUCAUCUUCGAGUUCCUGGACAAGGACCUGAAGCGGUUCCUCGACAGCUGCGACGGCCCGCUCGACCCGAUGCUCGUGAAGUCGUACACGCUCCAGAUGCUCCGCGGGCUGAGCUUCUGCCACAUGCGGGGGUGCAUGCACCGGGACCUCAAGCCCCAGAACCUGCUGGUGACGAAGGACGGCGUGCUGAAGAUCGCGGACUUCGGCCUCGCGCGCGCGUUCUGCCCGCCGAUCCGGCCGCUGACGCACGAGGUCGUGACGCUCUGGUACCGACCGCCGGAGAUCCUCCUCGGGUCCCAGACCUACGCGCCGCCCAUGGACAUGUGGGCCAUCGGGACCAUCAUCGUCGAGAUGGUGACGAAGAAGCCCAUGUUCCCCGGCGACUGCGAGAUCGACGAGCUCUUCAAAAUCUUCCGCGUGCUCGGCACGCCGACGGAGAACAUGUGGCCCGGCGUCGCCAACCUGCGCGACUACCAGAGCCUCUUCCCCGCCUGGCCCCGCCUCAACCUCGCCAAGUUCGCGCCGGGCCUCGACGCGAAGGGCCUCGACCUCCUCGACCAGUGCCUCAAGUACGCGCCGAACGAGCGCAUCAGCGCGAAGGCGGCCCUCCAACACCCCUUCUUCGACGACCUCGACAAGGACGUGAUCUAA